AUGCAGGAGUCCAGUCAGGCGAGCCAAAUAAAGAUUAAUCCGGCGGAUCUGCCCACGUUCCUGACGUCGAGUCAGGUGUACAAGGUGACGGAGAAGGACGACGUGAUACUUCCGUGUGAAGUUAGCAAUGCAGGGCACUACGUGCUGGCGUGGAAAAGAGGCAUUGCGGUACUUUCGGCAGGAAACGUAAAGGUCUCCCCUGACCCUCGUAUCAGUUUGGUUAACGGAUACAAUUUAGAGAUCAAGGAUGUAGGACCGCAGGAUGCCGGGGACUACGUUUGUCAGAUUGGAACAUUGGAACCGCGGGAAAUCACGCAUACGGUGGAAAUUUUGGUGCCCCCACGAAUACACUACGCUACGUCAAGUGGCAGAGUGGAAGUGAAGAAGGGAACGUCGGUUCGAUUAGAAUGCAAGGCAUCCGGAAAUCCCGUACCCAAAGUGACGUGGUCGCGUAGAAAUAAUUUGCUACCGGGCGGCGAGCAGACCUUAGUUGCGCCGCAGCUCAAUUUGGAAAGGGUGGACAGGCAUCAGGCCGGAAUUUACCAAUGUACCGCAAGUAAUGGCGUCGGCGAGGACGUCACACAGCAAAUCGUCCUUCACGUCCUAUAUCCACCUGAAAUUUCCGUCGAGAGGGCCGUCGUCCAUUCGGGCGAAGGUUUCGAAGCGCAACUCGUCUGCAUUGUUCAUGGUGAAAGUCAACCCGAGGUGCUAUGGUACCGAGAUACGAUGCAACUGGACACGACCGAAAGAAGAAUUAUGGAAUCUCGUGGCUCACGUCACACGCUGGUCAUCCGCAAAGUCCAUCGGUCCGAUUUUGGCAACUACACCUGCGUCGCCGACAACCAACUGGGCAAAACAAGGAAGAGCGUCCAACUGACAGGUAAACCGAACCCGGCGAAAUUCAGCAGCGCAUCCAGAGGACAAUGGCGAGAUAGCUACAACAUAACCUGGGCCGUCGAAUCUCUGAGUCCCAUUGAGGAGUUCAAGCUGCUGUAUCGCAGACUGCCGGAGGUGAGCGGAAACGGAGAGGAUGGCCACCCGAGGCCUUUGCAGCAUCAGUCUUCUAAAAGAGAGAACAGAACCUUCGCUUCAACGGGCUACUACAACAUGGGCUACGGACGGCAGUACAUCGACCGGCGAUCCGAUUGGAGGGACGUGAUUUUGCCGGCGAUGCCGAUACAGGCGCCCGGAUUGCAGACGAUGAGCUACGUCAUUCGGGCUUUGGAGCCGGCGCAGAUCUACGAGGCCAAGGUACAGUCGCGGAAUAAAUACGGAUGGAGUCCGAUCUCCGAGGCGUUCACGUUCCAAACCACCGACUCAGAUCUCGCGUUCCCCGACAGGCCGCAAACUCCUCGUCACGUUUACAACGCUGCCAACAUAAUAGUGCAUAACAUACAAUCUGGUAGCGAAUUAAAUAUAUACGACGAGUACACUUGCAAGAUAAUACAGUAUCGCAUUAAGGAGAAUUACUAA